AUGGGUGAAGUCACGAAAAGGCAGUUUGACUACCUCAUGUUGAAUGGCAAGAAUUACCAGACCUGGGUUGUGGAUUGUCGUUUCCACCUGGCAGCCAUGCAACUGACUCACACGAUCACUCCACGUGCUGAGGGUGCUCCUGCUAUUCCAAAGCAUGAGAUCGCAAAGGCAUCGAUCUUUCUGAGGCACCACAUUCACAAGGACCUCAAGCAGGAGUAUCUUGAGUCUAACAAAGGCCAGAAGCCUAAUAGCCAAGGUAAAGGCAAGGCCCAGAAAGGUGAUGCAGGUGGGUCUGAGCACCCUAACAAGGGUUGUUUUCGUUGUGGCUCUAUGAACCAUUGGUCUCGCUCUUGUAGAACUGAGCCACACCUGGUCCAGAUGUACCAGGAGUGGAAGAAACGUGAGAACCCUGAGGCCCACUUUAUCCAAGCACGAGUUGAUGCCGUGACUGGUGAGCACACUGUAGUGUUGCCGCAGCCUGUUGAGAAGCCAGAGGGAGGUAAUGCUAUGGAUGUUGAUCCUACAAAUACCUCUGGAGGCAAUAUCCAGGAUGACGAUGAUGAUUAUAACCUCGAUGAAGAGGACACCCUGGAUGAUGGUUUUGGGGACACGGAGUAG